UCCGAGCUGCAGCAGUAGACUCUCUCCUGCGGUAUAAACCUUAUUCACGCGCCGAGGUGCUGCCGCACGAGCACCGCACCGCACCGCGAGGAAGGGAGGCUGCGGCUUCCCGGCUUCUGUUUUUAUUUCGUUUUAGCACUUUAUUUUCCAUUUGCUAGCUCUGCGUCGAAAUCUCCCCUGUGUUGUAUCGUGUGUGCAUUUGUUUUGUUUUGUUUUUUUAAAAAAAGCACCCGUUUAUUUUCAAUAAAUAGGACUUUAGCGGUUGCGACUUAAGAUGGUCAGGUGUCCUAUGGCCAAGGAUAAAACAACUGCAGUUUCCGAGGACUGUCAGCAUACGAAAAAACAUGUGAAGUGUUAAUGAAUGAACCCAAGACGGAAGAAGAUCUUUACUAAUAGAUGACAAGAGGCAUUUCAACCUUUUCCAAUAUCGACAAGAGAGGCAGCAGUAGCGGAUGCAGUGGAAAGGAGCGAUGGUGGAGUCAGCGGGAGCUGCAGUGGGUCCACACUGAGGAAAACCAGUCUAGCUCAUAGCUGCACAACUGAGCCAGCUCUGUGGGCACAAAAUCAAAGCAGGACAGGGAAAGUGAGCUGAGGAGAAAUUCAGGACAAGAACUACAUGUCUGUUCCAUUACACUAACCGCAGUCCCACAUCUCCUGCAGUGCUUCGACUUGGACUUGCAGGAUGACCGUAGUGGCCGGAGAUAACAUGGAUGAAACAUCAGCUGUCCCGGGGCAUCCGCAGGACACAUAUUCCCCUGACCACGAUGACCAUGAAUGCUGUGAAAGGGUGGUCAUCAACAUUGCUGGGCUGCGCUUUGAAACACAACUCAAAACACUCGCUCAGUUUCCAGAGACACUGCUUGGGAACCCAAAGAAGAGAAUGCGUUAUUUUGAUCCUUUGAGAAACGAGUAUUUCUUUGACCGGAACCGUCCCAGUUUUGAUGCAAUCCUCUACUACUAUCAGUCUGGGGGACGGUUGAGGAGGCCAGUAAAUGUCCCAUUGGAUAUGUUCUCGGAAGAAAUUAAGUUCUAUGAACUUGGAGCUGAGGCAAUGGAGAAGUUCCGUGAGGAUGAGGGAUUCAUCCGAGAAGAGGAAAGACCCCUGCCCGAACGGGAGUUCCAGCGCCAGAUCUGGCUUCUGUUUGAGCACCCUGAGAGCUCAGGGCCAGCCAGAGGAAUUGCCAUAGUGUCUGUUAUGGUCAUUUUAAUUUCUAUUGUCAUUUUCUGUUUAGAGACUUUGCCAGAACUGAAGGAGGACCCUGCAGGAUCUAUACAGACAAUAGGGAACACCACCUUUUACUACAAACCAAACAUCCUUACAGACCCCUUCUUCAUUGUAGAGACCCUCUGCAUAAUCUGGUUCUCAUUUGAACUUAUAGUACGAUUCCUUGCAUGUCCCAGCAAGGCAGCCUUCUUUAAGAACAUGAUGAACACCAUAGAUGUAGUAGCUAUCAUCCCCUACUUCAUUACACUGGGCACAGAGUUGGCAGAAGAAUCAGAGGGUAAGGAGGGCAAGGGGGAACAGGCAACAUCACUGGCCAUUCUCAGGGUGAUUCGUCUGGUCAGGGUGUUUAGGAUCUUUAAGCUGUCCAGGCAUUCCAAAGGACUGCAGAUUUUAGGGCAGACCCUAAAAGCUAGUAUGCGGGAACUUGGAUUGCUUAUCUUCUUCCUCUUCAUUGGUGUCAUCUUGUUUUCGAGUGCCGUGUACUUUGCAGAAGCUGAAGAGACAGAAUCACACUUCAACAGUAUCCCUGAUGCGUUCUGGUGGGCUGUUGUAUCAAUGACUACAGUUGGCUAUGGUGACAUGGUCCCAGUCACUAUAGGGGGCAAAAUUGUAGGCUCUCUGUGUGCAAUCGCUGGUGUGCUGACCAUUGCCCUACCAGUGCCUGUCAUCGUAUCCAACUUCAACUACUUCUACCACAGGGAAACUGAGGGUGAGGAGCAAGCCCAACUCCUGAACGUGAGUAACCCCAACAUCGCUUCUGACUCCGAUUCCAGCCGCCGCAGUUCCUCAGUUGUCAGCAAGUCUGAGUACAUGGAAAUCGAUGGAGACAUGAACAACAGCAUGGACAACUUCAGAGAGGCCAAUCUUAGAACUGGCAACUGCACAAUAGCUAGCCAAAAUUGUGUUAACAAAAGUAAGCUGCUAACUGAUGUUUAGAGUCCAGAUAUGUACCACAGGACUGCUUCCAUUCAGUAGUCGAAUACUUUAUUAAACUCCCUAGUGCACUCCUGCAUUACACCUAUUAUUCUCUUCUGCUGACGAAAGGAGAACAGACGAAAACAUACAAUAUGCUCUUAGAAUAUGAGAUAAAUACAUACAUACAUAUAUAUAUAUAUAUAUAUAUAUAUAUAUAUAUAUAUAUAUAUAUAUAUAUAUAUAUAUAUAUAUAUAUAUAUAUAUAUGAAUAAAUAUAGAGAUAGUUAGCUAGUUUAAUGAAUUUAUGACAGGGCAAUGCACAUAGGCUAUGCAUAGGAAAAACAUCCCUCUCUAGAAUGUAUAGGAACACUUCAACAAAAGGCCAUGGAGAGGACUCUGGAUCACUGUUCUGAGCUGGCAGUGAAGUGAUGUUGAAACAUUAUGCAUGGAUUACAGAUUACAUAUCAGCAACUUGCACAGUGCAUCCAAAACAAAAACAAAAAAAAAAGCAUAAAAUUACUCAGUUCCACAAGGACAAGCCAAGCCAUCUGCAGUGUUUGGCCUAUAUUUGGUCCUCCCUACAGUACUCCAGACCUACUGACCAGCAAAGCACCUUAUACGAGCAAAACUGAUCUCCUGCUGGGAUGCUGUGGGGGAAAAAAAUCAUCUCCUCAUGGACAUCCGCAAUGCUGCUAUUCUCCAGCAGAAGCUGUAAUAGAUAUCACCAAGUGAUUUGAUGCCAUGCCCUUUAGAUGCAAGACAGCACAAUGACGGGAAAAAUAGCUUAUUAAUAAGCAUGUUUAGACUCAUUUUGAUAUCAGCAUGUGUGAGAUGUUACCUCAUUCUAUAUGAUAUCUUUUUAUUUUUUCCUUGCCAUUUAGUCCCUAUAGUUCGUUUCCAUGAAAAGUGCACUGGUUUGAUAUGAUUUGAAAUGCUUCUCAUUUAAGCAUAUCUUAAGGACUGAAUGUUUAAACUUAAGGGAAACAGGAUCUUGAUGGGAUCAUAGCAUGUUAAAAUAACUUGCAUUAUGGCCUAUUCAAACUAAGGUACUGUGUAUCCUAGUAUAUUUAAUGCAUGACAGCAGUAUUAUACAGCUUGUUGCUAUUUAGACACUCCUCGAGGGUGUUUUUGUUACUAUCAGGGAAACUACGGACUUUGUGUCCUGAAAUUUUCUGAAAUGUGACAAAAAAAAAAAACAACUUAGGCAAGCCCCAGCACAGGGAUGCAAACUUUCUAAUCUAAAAAGUAGUCAAAGAAACAGAGAAAACAAAACAAAUAAUACUACAAAAUUGCAUAUACUCAUACUAAGUACCUGUUAAAAUCAAUAUAACUUAAAUAAUGCUGUGCAUGGGCCUUUAGUCAAAAGAAGAAAAAAAAAUCACAGCGAGCAAAAUCUGAUUCAUGCUUCCAUUUUUUUGCAGCCAAAAUUUUUUAAUGUCUAGGAUUUCGUUCAGUAGGAUGCAACAGAAAAUACGGCAGAAUUAUUUUUUAUUAGUUUAUAGUGCCUUUUGACCCUCGCAACAACAGGAUAGGUGAAAGUGCCUCAGUACGACAGGUUUCAUGGAAUUAGGGCAGCCCCCUGCCACUGUUGAGGAUGAGCACUAGUGUGUGUAUGUGUGGUACACAAAAAAAAAACAAAAUAAAAAAAACCAUAGGUACAAAAUCCAACUAAUGACACAUGGUUGUCAGGCACAACUUAACAGUUUCUGUUGUCAUGCACUUAAGGCCCUGCCUGCAUAAUUAAAAUUGGGCCACGUUUGAAGGGCAGGGAGGUGCGCAGGAUUUCUUAGAGCUUAAAAUCUGCCUUGCAUUGUAGUUUUCACUUGUGAUGUGCCAUAAUGAGUCUACCUCAGUGAGGUGAUCACUGUGGGUCCUGCCAUUGAGCGAAAGAGCUCCUUGGUGUCGAACCUGUCCAUGUGGCAAAAUAUGGCCAGUGAUACUCCAACAAAGGCCAGUGAUACUCCAGUAAAUACAAUUUUGGAGUUCCCCAACAAAUAGCCUUUAGAGAAGCACUUAAAAACAAAUACAACAAUGCAACCACUCCCUGACCCUCUUCGCUACGCACAAUCAAAACCCAAUCAUUCUUGUUUUACAUCUUCAUUCAGUUCUUAUCCUUAGAGCUAUAUGAGAAGAAAGAUCUGCAGCCUGGCCUGCAAAGUAUAACGUACAGAGCCGUGUCUUAAACUACAGGGUUAAAAUUUGAAUCAGGUUAAAACCUUUAAACCUGGGAUCUGAUAUAUGUCUUCCAUGUGCUAUUAAUAAAAUCGAAGGAUCCCAGAUUAUCCGUCAUUAGACUAGGUUAAAUGGGAAGGUUACUGUAUGUAGAAAAAGGAUAACUCUAAGUCGGGCAAUACCAUGUUAAUUCAAACAAUAUUAUACGUAAAUAAUAAAUAAUAACUUAAAUAUAGAUAGUACUUGAAACGUUGAGGCUUCUCAGCACCCCUCGGUAUCUUAUAUAUCCAUGGACAUUAAAGCAAAAAAAAAAAAAAAAAAGGUUUUAGGCUAACUGACGAAGGGUCUGUUAACCAACCAUAUUAACAUGUAAGCUUAGAAAGCCUUUUAAUGUUACAUAGGAUAUUAAUAGGGCAAAGCUACAAACAGUUAGCAUGUUGAAAUGUACGCGUUAGAGGGAAUCGGCUAACAGUGGUACAUCAAAAGCGAUUGAGCCAUAUGGUGCUAUGCAGAUAUUAAACACCAACAUACACUAUGACAGCAAUAGAGAUUAGAGCUCCAUAUUACAUGUUACUAUUUACAACGGGUCUCUUAGGAAUGCAACGUUUAAGGGCUGUGGGAAUUUUAGCUGUUAAAGGCUAGAUGUUUUUUGUUUUAUUUUUUUAAAGUUAUGACCAGGAUGCAAGAGAAAAUGUUGCAAUACCAGUUUCUGUUCCUAUGCUAGGUAUAGCAAUUUCUAAUGUUGACGAAAAGAGCUUUUAUUCUGGGACAGGAAGGUUAAACGAAUAGCUGCUAUUCACUGUUUGUUAGGUUUUGUGCUGUUGUGCUGUUUGUGUAUUUCUUGUAAUUGUUGACCUAAAUUCUCUGGUUAGGUUCAGAGCCCAACAACAACAACAAAAAAAAAAAUAGGACAUUUUGUUUGGAGUGAUACUGCUCAGUGUGUAAUCCAGAGUAAAAGGCACUGUGUUUUAUUUCUUUAUUUAAGAAAAAGUGAACUAACUUCUUGAGAUUUUUCUACAGAGUGAAAAAUGACACACCAUCCUGUAAGUGCAGUUUCUCUUAAUGCUCUAAAAAGAAUUCCUGUACAGCAGGGUGUCAGAUUCUGGACUUUAGUCAUAGAGAUUUGCGUUUUUCCUUCUUUUAACACACCGCAUUCGGACCAUGAGGGCUUUUAUAAUUUGCGUACAGUUGAACAGAUGCUUUCAACACGACCGCUUAACUCUGGAGUCUGACACUCCUGCUAUAAAGCCAAAGUAACGGCGUAGUCGAUAGGCAGUACGUGACUAUUCAGAGGACAUAUAUUUAGAGGACGGGGUAUAGAUAUGAUUCGUUUCUUCACCUGUGUGGCCUCAUGUUGCUAUUAACUAUUUGAGCUGUGUGGCAAUAUGAUUUAGUGGGAAAAACGUAGAAGACUUGUCCAUCUGGAAAGCCAUGACUGGGAAGAUUAUAGCCACUAUUAUCUCUACCACCAAAUGGAAUUGUAAAAUGGCAUUAGCAUCCAAAAUGUACUGUCAGCUCUUUUCUUUUUUAUUACUUCGUCGACAUCAUGCAAGCAUACCAAACUCCAAUCCCAUUUUGAAAUUGUACUGUAAAGAUACAUAUCCCAAAUGCAACGGUUCGCCAAAAAAAUGCAUGAGUCUAUGACUGCAUGAGCUUAAGCCUUUCAAAACGGAUCGACUAUAUUCUAGUUGCACCAUAUUUAAAGCCCUUGCUCUGGUGUACACCCAAGCCUGUCUCAGUCUUAUACUUUCCAUUUCGGGGAAUUCUUUUCUGUUCACAUUUAAUCCAGUCAGACAUGUGUUUUCUCACAUAGUACACAGAUUAUCGUGUGAGGAUAUAUGCUGAGGAACGAGGCUACAGAUUUUUACGUUAGCCGUGCGCUCGAUCGGAAAUUGCCGGAAUUAAGCUCAAAACACCUCGAGAAGUCACUUUUGAUCUUAACAGCUAAACAAAUGAUGGUUCAAGUUCCAUGUUUGUCCCAUUUAAAACAAUCUCAUGCUUGUUCCUUGUAACACUCAUGUAGUUGUUUUUUUGGGGGGGGGAUUUUUAUUUUUAUUUUCUAAUUUUCUUAAUAAGGAUUGCGCUACAAUGCUUUUAUUUGUCAGAUGCUGACAAAGGCAUGGUCUGCGAUCUAUGCAAGGGUAUUUUUUGUUUCUUCCUGUCAUUUAUAAUUUAACCAUAUAUUUAAAUCAAUAAAUUUUUAAGGAUCA